AUGACUGACGUGAAGGAGAUGCAUGAAACGCCGGUGACACAGACGCAGAUGUUCAAAGCGUCCUCGCAAGCCGCAGAUGAGCCAGUGCAAGCAGUGCUUGUGGCGCUUCGGGGCGCCGAACCGGCAGAGUUCAAAUUCCAGGCUGACACUGCUGAGGUCUUGGUGGGCCGAAAUCCAAAGUGCCAAGUGCAGGCCAAGGACAAGCACGUGUCUUCGCAGCACCUGCGAAUCUAUCGCGACGAGCGGCUGCGCUUUUAUGUGGAGGAGUUAGCCUCUUCCGGUUGCUUCAUUAACAACCAGUUCGUAAGGCAGGGUGAGCACCGGGCCUUGCGCCACGGCGAUGCCAUCACCAUCGCCACGAACGCGAGCUCGAGCCAGGAGGCCUUUGCCUCGCUGAUCUUCCGGGUCAUGGUGAGAAAGAAUUCCGAAGGCACUGAGGUGAGGAGAGAAGCGGAUCUUCGGAACCUGGUCAGCGAUGAUUGGGUGCCCAAGAACUGGGACAUCAGUCACGAGCUGGGCACUGGCAACUUCAGCGAGGUGAAGCUGGGGAUUGAGGUGAAAGAGGGGAAAAAGUACGCCAUGAAAAUCAUCGACAAAAAGAAGUUCCUGCAGUUCCAGCACAAGCGAGGUUCCGUGCUGAGCUUAAACGACGAGGCAGACAUGAUGAAGAGUCUGUCGCAUCCCAACAUCGUGACCUGCCGCACGUGGUUUCAGACCGAGGCGCACAUGUACAUCGCCCUGGAGCUGGUCGAAGGCGGGGACCUCCUGAAGAACCUUCUCGAGGAUGGCUGCUUCCAAGAGGUGCAGGCUGCCCGCAUCUUCUUGAUGAUCUGCAAUGCCGUGAGCUACUUGCAUGAGCGGCAGCUGGUUCAUCGGGAUCUGAAACCCGAGAACAUCCUCCUGACCAGCAAGGACCGAGAGACCAUGGUGGCGAAGCUCGCAGACUUCGGACUGGCAAGACAGAACCUUAAAUCUCGAGACUGCCGUACCUUUUGCGGGACGCCCCACUACUUCGCCCCGGAGGUGAUCACCACAUUCACGGAUACGAAUACCAAAGCAGGGUACGGCAAGGAGGUGGACAUGUGGAGCCUGGGGGUGAUCUUGUACAUCCUCCUGAGCAGUACCCCACCAUUCGAGGAGGAGGGCCUUUACAACCAGAUCGUGGAGGGUCGCUAUGAGUUCGACGUGCAGGAGUGGACCUGUGUGUCCCCGGAGGCAAAGGAACUGGUGCAGCAGAUGAUGACGGUGAGCCCCAGCAAGCGCAUCAACAUCCAGCAGGCUCUCAACCACCCCUGGUUGAAGUUUGUCCGGUUUACGCCCACACCAAUGCGCUCCGGCGCAGGCUUCGAGAGACCUCCAGCACAGGAGCCGGCGGCCAAGCGCCGCAAGUCGGAUGCCGCCAUGUGA